ACAUACCAGUACUAUAGGAAUACACACUCAGUGUGAGUUUCAGAGUAAUAAGUGUCUUUACAAGCUGAACUGUUAACAGGAAAGAAGCUCUGAAGACAAAGUCCAGUUUCCAGUGUCGACUGGACGUGGCAGACAGACAGACAGACAGACAGGCAGACAGACAGACAGGCAGACAGACAGACAGGCUGGGUCUCACCCCCUGCACAGACAGAGGAUCUGCGGCGGUGUGUGCGGACUGUCGCUGCGGUGCGUAGUGGACCCUCGGCCCGGCUGUGCGCGCUGGCCAUGCGGGGGAGAGGAUGGGGGAAGAGGCAAAAGUUUCCCCGCUCAAGAACUUCCUCGCUGGGGGAGUCGCCGGAGCUUGUCUGCUGCUGGCUGGACACCCGCUGGACACCAUCAAGGUGAGGCUACAGACGCAGCCCAAAGCCUCCUGUGCUCAGUAUGUGAUCUACACAGGAACAUAUGACUGCUUCCGCAAGACCGUAUCCAAAGAGGGUAUCCUCGGCCUCUAUAAAGGUAUGGGGGCUCCUCUGGCUGGUGUGGCUCCAAUGAUGGCCAUCAGUUUCUUUGGGUUCGGUCUGGGAAAACAGCUCCAGCAGACGGAUCCUGACAAACCUCUAACGCACACUCAAAUCUUCCUGUCUGGCUGUCUGGCCGGGGUCUUCACGACAGUGAUCGUGGCUCCGGGAGAGAGAAUCAAAUGUUUACUGCAGGUGCAGGCUAGCAGUGGCAAGGCGAGGUACUCGGGUCCACUUGACUGUGCAGUCAGGCUGUACAAGCAGCAGGGGAUCCGCAGUGUGUACAAAGGCACUGUGCUGACUCUCAUCAGAGACGUUCCUUCUAAUGGUCUUUACUUUCUGACGUACGAAUACCUCAAAAACGUCCUGACACCUGAAGGUCAAAGUGUCUCCCAGCUCAGCACUCCUAAAAUCCUCCUGGCUGGCGGCGUGGCCGGCAUAUUAAACUGGACGAUCGCUCUUCCUCCAGAUGUCCUCAAGUCCAACUUCCAGACAGCUGCGGAUGGGAAGUACAGAGGUCUGGUCGACGUCCUGAGAACGCUGCUCAGAGAAGAAGGACCCACGGGCCUCUAUAAAGGAUUCAAUGCAGUGUUUCUGCGAGCCUUCCCUGCCAACGCGGCCUGUUUUUUGGGGUUUGAAGUGGCAUUAAAAGGACUGAACGCCAUCGCGCCCAGCUGGUGAAACAAGUCUGGACCCGAGUCCUCCACCUGUUUCUCCACAUACCACAGACUGUGUUUUAAGUGUCAGGAUGUAAUGAAUUAUUGUAUUCUUAAAUGUGAUUUUUUUACAUUUAAUUUUACAAAUUAUUUUUGUUCGUGAACUCUUUUUGUGAGUAAUAUUACAGCGUAAUCGCACACACUCGAGAUGAAUGUGAGUAUAUUUAUGAGCCUUACAAACUGUGAUGUUUGUAAAAUGUCAGAUCAUUGGUACCAUUCAGUUCAGAAUGGGUUGGAAUGUUUUUAAUCUAAAAGCUCUGCCAAAAGCCAAAAUUAAUUUAUUCUGGAUGAAGGUUUGUCUGAGCCGGGGCGAGUUUUAUAAACUUUGUGAUGAAAUAAACAAAAUAUUU